UGGCGAGAGCCCGGCGGGGCCGGCCGAAGAUGGGCACGGAGCCCCGGCGGCAGCCGCCCCGCAGGAGAUGAAUUAAAAUGCAGCACACCACGUGCACAGAGGACAGGAUCUACCAUGCACUGGAAAGGUGUCUCCAUGGGCUCAGCAAGGACGCUGUGUCCAGCAGAUGGGCUGCCGGGCUGUGCCUGAACUGCUGGAGCCUGCAGGAGCUGGUGAGCCGGGACGCCAGUAACUACCUCAUCCUGGUGGAGAAGAUCCUGGGCAAGACCAAAGAGGUGCAGGACAGGUGUGACUACGACCUGGUGACGCCCCUGGCCCUGCUCUUCUACUCGGCCGUGCUCUAUGCUCCGCACUUCCCACCCGGCUCUGACCUGCUCCUGAAAGCUGCCAGCAUCUACCACAGCUUCCUGACGUGGCCCGUGCCCUACUGUGACACCUUCCGGGAGCUGCUCACCUUCAUCAGCAACGAGCUCAAGGCUCCAGGGAUCACUUUCCAGAGGCUGGUGAGGACGGAGCAGGGGUUGCCUGUGAAGAACUACCAGAGCUCCACGGUGACGGUGCUGCUGCUGAACCGCUCGGAGGUGCAGAGUGAGUUCCUGUCCAUCGCUGAGAAGCUGAGCUCCAGUGAACCCCCCCAGCACUCCACGCUGGUGCUGCUCCUCCAGCACCUCUACCAGGCCAACUUCGGCACCCACUGUGACCUGCACAGGCUGCACCACCUGCUCAAGUCCAAGCCCCUGGAGGAGCUCUCGGAGCUCUACGCCAGCGCUGCCGAUGCGCAGGAGGCAGCGGCUGCCAGCAGUGACCCCGCGCUGGCCCGGGAGCGGCUCCAGGCUGUGCUGCGCGACAUCGCCGGGGCCGCCUCCUUCCCUGCCGUCACAGGUGAGGCCCAGCCCUGCAAGCUGCAGCCCAUGGCCAUCCCCCCCGCUCGCUGCUACACCUACAGCUGGGACCAGGACAACUUCGACAUCCUCAACGAUGUCCUCAGCAAGGAGUGCAGCGUUGCUGAGCCCCUGGCUUCGGAGAACGAGGAGGAGGAUGAGGACGAAGAGGAGGAGGAUGUGGAGAUGGACGGCGGGUCCCCUGAGCAGGACUCGCUGCUGUCCCCGCUCUGUUCCAUCUCCAGUGACUCCGUGUACUCCGUGCUGUCCGAGGAGAGCUCCAAGCCCUCGCGGGUGUCCCUCUUCACCUCCUCCAAGGAGUCCAUCUCGGAGCUAACGGUGGUCUCCAGGAAGUCCCUGAAGUCGUUCGUGUCCAGCCUGAAGGACUGCAUGGACAGCGGCUACGCCGAGGACAGCGACGAGAGCUCUCUGGACACGGCGGGCAGGGCGGAGCCGAGGGCGGACAGGCCGGCCCCCAGGCACCGGCAGUCGCUGACCAACAGGCUCUACAAACUGUUCAAGAGCAAGAGCCAGCAGCUGGUGCAGCGCCGGGAGCUCAGGGACUGCCCGGAGCCGUGCUCGCUGCGGCGCGCCGAGAGCCUGUGCGCGUCCCCGGCGCGGCCGCGCGUCCCCGCGCGCUCCCGCCGCGCGCUCUCGCUGCCGCAGCACGGCCCGGGCCAGCGCGGGCCCGCCCCGCUCGCCCCCCGGCCCCUCGGGCUCCCCCGCCGCCCCUUCCUCAGCUACGACGAGGACGCCAAGGCGGGCACGCUGCGCGUCGUGGUGUUCGGCUCGGACCGCAUCUCGGGCAAGGUGGCCCGCGCCUACAGCGACCUCAGGCUCAAGGAGGGCUCCUGCCCCUCACUGACACGGUACUUCAGGCUGCAGUUCUUCUACGUCCCCGUGAAGAGGAGCUGCGUGGCCCCAUCGACCCCGCAGAUGCACCAUCACCCCUCGCCGUCCCUGGGGGAUCCCCCGCCCCGGGCACAGGACCCCUCCCUGGCUGGGAUGGAAAGCAGCACCAACGACAUCUCGCACUACAUCGGCCUGCUGGACCCCUGGUACGAGCGCAACGUCCUGGGGCUGAUGAACCUGCCCAUGGACGUCUUGUGCCAGUGUGCCAAGCCCGAGGCUGAGCCCCAGGAAGACUCCCAGGAGCAGCUACCCAUCCUGGCAGACAUGAUCCUCUACUACUGCCGCUUCGCCACGUGCCCCGUGCUGCUGCAGCUCUACCAGACCGAGCUCACCUUCAUGGGAGGGGAGAAGAGGACUGAGGUCUUCAUCCACUCCCUGGAGCUGGGGCACUCGGCAGCCACGAGGGCUAUCAAGGCCUCAGGUCCAGGCUGCAAAAGGCUGGGAAUAGAUGGAGACAGGGAAGCAAUCCCACUGACACUACAGAUUGCAUACAGCAAGACAGCUGCCAGUGGCAGGAGUCACUGGAAUGACGUGGAGAAGGUCUGCACAUCUGUCAACCUCAGCAAGGCCUGCAGGAAGCACGAGGAGCUCGCCUCGAAGACAGAAUGUCUCAAUUUAACCAUGACUGAGGUGGUCAAGAGGCAGAACUCCAAAUCCAAGAAAAGUUUCAAUCAGCAGAUAAGCGUGUCCCAGAUCAAAGUGGACAAGGUGCAGAUCAUCGGGGUCCAGUCCUCCUUCGCAGUGUGCCUGGACCAGGAUGAGCAGAAGAUCCUGCAGAGCGUAACCAGGUGUGAGAUCUCCGUGUGCUACAAGCCCAGGGACAGUGACCCCCUGGCACCGAGAGGGUCCCCUGUACCCCCCCCGGACCCCUCCGAGUUCCACUCCCUGCUGUGUUUGCCCAUUGCCACCUUCAGCGGGGCGCUGCCAUAGAGGAGCCAUGUCCCUCCGGAGCACGUGUCCCACACCAAUCCAGACUCAGGAGGAGGAAGAGGACACCGAGCCCGGCUUGUCCAAGAGCUCCUGCAGCCGAAGAGUGGCACCAGUGUCAGUGUGCUGGCUGAGCUGCUCCUGCU